GUUGCUAAGCGACGACAGGCAAUGCGAGGCCCCCCUACAUGUUCUCGGAUCCGCCCAUCAGCCUCUCGGAUGCAGAACAGCGCUUCCUGGAGGCGGCAGAGUAUGGCAAUAUCCCAGAGGUGCGACGCAUGGUCCUACACAUGCCCAGUCUCAACGUGAACGCAGUAGACUACAUGGGCCAGAAUGCAUUGCAGCUGGCGGUGGCCAAUGAGCAUCUAGAGGUGACUGAGCUGCUGCUUGGGAGAGUGGAGCUAUCCAGGGUGGGAGACGCUCUGCUACUGGCCAUCAGUAAGGGUUAUGUGCGUAUAACGGAGGCGUUGCUAGGCCACCAGUCGUUCAGUGACGCGAAGCGCCUGACAGCAAGCCCUGCCCAGGUGGACAUGUUGGAUGACUUCUACGCUUAUGAUGAGGAUGGGACACGUUUCUCCCAUGAUGUGACUCCAGUGAUUCUUGCAGCUCAUUGUCAUGAAUAUGAGAUUGUCCACAACCUAUUGGGUAAAGGAGCCCGUAUAGACCCGCCCCACGACUACUUUUGUUGCUGUGAUUCGUGCAACUACCAGCAGCAAUUUGACUCCUUCAGCCACUCACGGUCCAGGAUUAACGCCUACCGUGGCCUGGCUAGCCCCGCCUACCUCUCGCUGUCCAAUGAGGAUCCAGUAUUAGCCGCCCUGGAGCUCAGUAACGAGUUAGCUGUCCUGGCCAACAUCGAGAAGGAGUUUAAGAAUGACUACCGGCGUCUGUCUGGGCAGUGUAAAGACUAUGUGGUAGGUCUGUUGGAUCUCUGUCGCAGCACUGAGGAGGUGGAGGCUAUACUGAGUGGAGAUACUGACUCAGAGGAGAAGUACCAUCCACCUGGCCGACCCUCACUCACGCGACUCAAACUGGCCAUCAAAUAUGAACUCAAGAAGAGUGCACUCAGCUCUCCACGGUGCCACGGUGCACCCAGCUCUCCACGGUGCACCCAGCUCUCCACAGAGUACACUCAGCUCUCCACAGAGUACACUCAGCUCUCCACAGAGUACACUCAGCUCUCCACAGAGUACACUCAGCUCUCCACAGAGUACACUCAGCUCACCACAGAGUUCAUGGUGAUCUUUAUCCUGGUGUUCCUGGCGUUUAUGAUCGGAAUGUUCAACCUCUACUCCUACUACCUGGGGGCCAAGCAGAACGAUGCCUUUACCACUCUCGAGGAGAGCUUUAAGACUCUGUUUUGGGCGAUCUUCGGCCUGUCGGAGGUGAAGUCGGUAGUCAUUAACAACGAUCACAAGUUCAUUGAGAACAUCGGCUACGUGCUGUAUGGUGUUUAUAAUGUUACUAUGGUGAUCGUUCUGCUCAACAUGCUGAUCGCUAUGAUAAACAGCUCUUUCCAGGAGAUAGAGGAUGAUGCUGAUGUGGAGUGGAAGUUUGCCCGUGCCAAGCUGUUCUCCUACUUUGAGGAAGGCAGGACCCUGCCCGUCCCAUUUAACCUGGUUCCUAGUCCUAAAGCAACGCUGGGCCUGGCCACUGCUGUUAGAGCGCUGCUGCAACACAGCCACACACAGCCACCUGACGGGGCGCAGCUCAACCAGCUGGGAGACAGUAAAGCUUCAGGAUACAGCAGCUCUCCGAGACCCACCAGAUACCAGAAGAUCAUGAAGCGCCUUAUAAAACGUUACAUCAUCAAAGCCCAGACGGACAAAGAAAAUGACGAGAUCAACGAAGGUGAGCUGAAGGAGAUUAAGCAGGAUAUCUCCAGUCUGCGUUAUGAGCUGCUGGAGGACAAGAAUCACAACAUGGAGGAGCUGCAGGAGCUUCUGGGGAGGCUGAGAGAGACUGACAACACACACAACACACACCAAACAGAGGAACACACACAAUAACACACACA